AUGCUUGAAGACUAUCUUUUGAAGCAUCAUGUGAAAGACUUGGAGGGCAUUUUAAAUGCUGCAGAAAAUCAUUUAUGCUAUUCAAUAUACGUAAAUUUUGUGUCAUUAUUUGAAGCUGAUGCGGAGAAUGCACAAAAAAUCUUACGCAAUCCUAGACAUUACUUACCCCUAUGUAACGAGGCAGCAAUAAAAGCUCAAGAACAAUUAUAUAAACCUGACAAUGAACAAAUAGUAAAAACGAGAGUGUAUAUUCGAAUUACUGCAGUGCCUAUAAAAAUGGACGUAGGUAAAAUUGGUGAGCUAGUUUCGACAUCUGGAAUUGUAGUACGUAUGUCUCAGCCUACAGUUAUGAAAAUGCAAAAACGUUUUAUCUGUAGAAAAUGCGAACACAUCAAUCUAGCUAAAUUAGAAUGGGAAAAGCAAUCAUUUAGGAAUAUCAAACAAUGUCAAUCGUGUCGUUCUCAAAAAUUGACUGCUUCAACAUCUUUAGACCAAGAAGAUUGUUCUGAUUAUCAAGAAAUAAAGAUUCGGGACCAAUGUAAAACAGAUACAAGAAGUUACUAUUCGGUGGGUCUAGAAGUAGUAUUAUUAGAUGAUCUUGUUGACAAGUGUAAACCUGGAGAUAACAUAGAUAUCAGUGGAAUAAUUAUACGAAAAUGGGGUAAAUUAAAGGUUGGCCAACGCGCAGAAGCUACAACAUUUCUGAUGGCAAAUAGUAUUUCUAUACGCAGGAAAAUGUCAGAAGCAACAUUCUCUACAACACAAAUAAAAGAUACAUUUACAGCGUAUUGGGAACAUUAUGAAGAUAAUGUAUUAUCUGGCAGAGAUAAUAUUCUCGCCUCUAUUUGUCCACAAUUAUAUGGGAUGUAUAUCGCAAAAUUAGCGUUAGCUGUUGUUAUGUGUGGUGGUGUGGCAAAAACUAAUGAAACGGGAACGCGUAUAAGAGGUGAGCCCCAUCUUCUUCUAGUUGGAGAUCCUGGCACCGGUAAAUCGCAAUUGCUUCGAGUUGCUUCUCGACUGACUACACGAUCUGUCUUUACAACAGGUGUUGGAAGUACUGCCGCUGGACUAACAGCAGCAGCUAUCAGAGAUUCGGACGGUUGGCAUUUAGAAGCGGGGGCUUUAGUGCUCGCAGAUGGAGGUGUGUGUUGCGUGGAUGAGUUUACGACAAUGAGUUCGCAUGAUAGAACUUCUGUACACGAAGCAAUGGAACAGCAAACAAUCUCCAUUGCCAAAGCUGGCAUGGUGAGCACAUUGAAUAGUCGCUGCUCUGUCAUUGCAGCCAUUAAUCCGGAUGGCGGAUGUUUUACGGGCGAUGAAUGGAAGACCUGCUUAGGAAAUCCUCUUUUGUCGCGCUUUGAUUUGAUUCUUCUUUUGAAAGAUACUAGAAAUCCUGAAUGGGAUAAAUUGGCGUCGAGUCACAUUUUGAAAGCUGCCUGUGAAGACGAAGAAAAUAAUUCAUAUUCUGAAACAUUUAUGGGUCCUUUGAAUUUAACGAGCUUAUGGUCAGAAGAGACUCUCUGCGAAUAUUUCACACAUGUACGUACGUUAAAACCAAUGCUAACCAAAGAGGCACAGAAGAUACUCAGUGCAACUUAUCUUCAUCAUAGAUCAGACCCUCAAAGAAGGCCUGAGAGAACAACAGUGCGGCUCUUAGAUAGUCUUAUCAGAUUAGCUGAGGGCCACGCUAAACUCAUGUACCGAACUAAAGUAGAAGUCAUUGAUGCAAUCAUUGCAGCAGAAUUGAUUGGAACCACAUUAGUAAAUUCUGAUGCUGGUUGUCAAUUUCCAAUAGAUCCAAUAGUAACAUAUCAUUUAAAAGCAAAAGACUUACUCAAAAAGUUUAAUUUACGAGAACUAGAAUCAUACAUAUAA